AUGUCGAGAGGACUAAAAUAUGUACCUACGUGUAUUGUGCGUGAGCUGGAAAACGAGGAAAUACCGGAAAACUGCGUACUUUUUCACAAGAGAGGCAUAGGUUGGAUCUACCGCCAAUGUGACAGUGAUCUCAUUCAUCAAUUAUCGGAACCAACUGCCGACCGCUCCGAAAUGCCCGCAUCCAUUGCUCCAGAGCGUCGACUUGAACAGCUUGGGCCUUUCGGCAUUCAAGAGACAAAUAUUUCUCUGUCUAUCACACAAGAAUCUGACAUGUACACAGUAAAUCUCAAUCAACGAUUGAUUGCUCUUGCCAACUGUCCUGAAGUAGCAAAUGUCGGUCAGCGUGCGCCAAUAGCUCCUGUCACAUUGAAUGAUACAGCACGCGAUGCAGCAAAAAUACCGCGAAGUGCCACGCACUUCUGCUGGGUCUAUCCACCGGCCGGAUUCACCCAAUUAUCUGAGAACAGUAAAACCAAAAUCGAUCGGAAAUUGGCUAGAGGCGAUCCGGACUACACUUUUCUUGCUCUGGGCGGUUUCGCUUACUUUCGUUUAGAUAUAUCCACUUUCAAGACAUUACGAAUCAAUUGUCUCGUCAAAGCAGACAAUGGUCUUCAUUUUGAUGGGCCUUAUUUGUGGCAAGGAGAGUAUACUGAGCACUUGUCUAGGGAAGGACGUUUUCAGGAUGUUACUAUUUCGGAACUGAUAGACGUCGGUAUCAAAUACUAUUGCUUCAUUAAUCCGAACGAGCGAUUGAAGAGUUCUCGACGAAAUGGUGUCCCAUGGACGCCAGCACCCGAUGGUGGUUUUGUCUAUUUAUACGACUCAAAACGAAUGCCGCACAAAUAUGAUUGCUACUUUAUCGUUGUUGAUAGGCAAAUGAUAUCUCAGAAAAGUACAUUCGUCAUGCCCUUCUCAAUAAUUCUUAACCAACAAAAUUCAUCUUCAUCAAACUUCAACCGACGUUCAUCGAGUGAACAAGAUUCAGGAACUGGAUCAUCACCACUAAUGACCAAUGAAGCAGCGGAUCAAUUCAAAUGUUCUAUUUGCUUCGCACAAACUGUUCGCUGCCUUUUUAUCCCGUGCAAACAUAUGUGCACGUGUGCCGAUUGUGCAAAUCGUAUCCGUGAACAGCUUCAUUCUGUUUGUCCUAUUUGUCGAGAGAGAUUUACAGAAGUCUGGGAUAUUUUUCUGUAA